CUAGAAUAUAGUCUGCCGUGGAUCGUCGGACCGUUCAGUCUUUUUGUAUCGUUCAGUACCAUCCGAUUCGUGUGAUCGACAGCAUCGCUCAACGUUUUUUUUUCAUUUUUUUUCCAAUUCCUUGAAGUAACUCAAAAAAAACACAAAUCAAAAUGGCUGAUGAUGAGAAAAAGGCUGCCGCGGCGCCAGCUGCACCAGCUCCAGCUGCCGCAGCUGCUGCUCCCGCUGCCAAUGGAAAGGCCGCCGCCGCCCCCGCUACGAAUGGCAAAGCGGCUGCCGCGCCCGCUGCAAAUGGCAAAGCGGCUGCCGCGCCCGCCGGCCCGCCAAAGGAUCCCAACGAUCCCAAAGUGAAGGCCGAGGAGGCUAAGAAGGCUAAACAGGCUGAGAUCGAGCGCAAGCGCGCCGAGGUGCGCAAGCGCAUGGAGGAAGCCUCCAAGGCCAAGAAGGCCAAGAAGGGUUUCAUGACCCCAGAAAGGAAGAAGAAACUCCGGUUGUUGCUGCGCAAGAAAGCCGCUGAGGAAUUGAAGAAAGAGCAGGAACGCAAAGCGGCUGAACGUAGACGCAUCAUUGAAGAACGUUGCGGCAGCCCCAGGAAUCUCAGCGAUGCCAGCGAAGGCGAAUUGCAAGAGAUUUGCGAAGAGUAUUACGAGCGUAUGUAUAUUUGUGAAGGCCAGAAAUGGGAUCUGGAAUACGAAGUCAGGAAAAAAGACUGGGAGAUCAACGAUCUCAAUGCUCAAGUCAACGAUCUUCGCGGCAAAUUCGUUAAGCCAGCCUUGAAGAAGGUCUCCAAAUACGAAAACAAAUUUGCCAAGCUGCAGAAGAAGGCCGCUGAGUUCAACUUCCGCAACCAAUUGAAGGUGGUUAAGAAGAAGGAGUUCACAUUGGAGGAGGAAGAAAAGGAGAAAAAGAUAAAAGAUGCCUCUUCUCUAAAGCAAGCCAAAAAGUAAGAAACCCGACUGGUCCAAGGGCAAGCCCGGCGAUGCCAAGGUAAAGGAGGAGGUUGAGGCCGAAGCUUAAGUGUCCACGUC